UUCAUUUGAAAUACCCUUUUUUCUCUCUCUAAAAGUCAGGGCUUUUCUGGUUCAUUUCUCUCCCUGCUUUUCUUCCUCCUUGGGAAUAUCACCAGAAAGGCUCUGAUCAAAGGAUUAAAAGAAAUCAAAAGGGAGAGUCAUAUAAGAAGCUGCAAUAAUGGUGUUUGGGGGAAUACCAGAGCAAAAAAAGGAGGCAGGAGGGGUGAAAGAGGCAGUAAAAAUUAUUGAGGAAGCAGCCGUUAAAGGUUCAGCUGAACCCACAAAGCCUUUGGAGAAAACCAAUCAAGUUUUGGAGAAAACCACCAAAGGUUCAGUCCAGAAGGCUGAGCCAUUGGAGAAAGCAUCUCAAGUUUCAGAGAAAAGUAAUCAGGUGUCAAUGAAUCCUGUAGAGGAUGAUACUAAAAAAUCAGAUGAAGCCAAUGGGACGGGUGCUGUAAAAGAAACUGUGAAGGCUUUGGUGGAAGCUGCCAAAGUUUCGGCCGAACCCAUUAAAGCUUCAGAUGAAAGCAAUGAAGUUUCAGAAAUCACCAAAGGAUUAGUUGGAACCAUCAAUGUUUCAGAUAAUACUGCUAAAUUGGUUUCAGACAAAGUGAUGGACGUCUCAGGAGAAACAGGUGAAGUUUCAGAGAAAACCACCCAAUUGCCCAACGAAACCACCAAAGUUUCAGACGAAGCUGUCCAAGUUUCAGGGCAAGCCAACGAAACCCCUGAUGAGAAGGAAGAACCCAAAUCUAGCACGAACCAUGAUUUAGAUGUCGAACAUGAAGCAAAACCAGGAGAGAAUAUCGAGGUAAGCUUGAGCUCUGCUUCAUUCAAGGAAGAGUGCAGUUUCCUCUCUGACCUGAAAGAAUCAGAGAAAAAAGCUUUGGCUGAUAUGAAAUCCAAGGUCGAAGAAGCCAUUCUCAAGAAUGAGCUUCUUAAGGCCAGGGAUUCACAGAUUGAGGAAUUGGGUUCCUCAGAUGAUAGUGAAAAAACAGAUAAACCAGAGGCUGAAGUCCCCGAAAAAUCUGCAGAGGAGAAAGAGAAAGCAGAGGAACCAGAGAAAGAAGACCCUGAAAACUCCCAUGACGAGGAAGAGAAACCCAAGAAACCAAAGAUUGAAGCCCCAGAAAAAUCUCUCACUGACGGAGAGAAAGAUGAGAAACCAGAGAUAGAAGUCCCAAAAACAACUCCCGAUGAGAGGGAGAAAGCUGAGAAACCCGAGGAAGAAACCCCAUUAAAGCCCCAAGAAGAAAUUAAAGACAUCUCUCUAUGGGGAGUGCCAUUAUUGCCAAGCAAAGGCUUGGAUAACACAGAUGUGGUCUUGCUCAAGUUUCUCAGGGCUAGAGAAUUCAGGGUCAAUGAGGCUUUUGAGAUGCUUAAAAACACACUCAGGUGGAGGGAGGAGUUUAAGACUGAUACAAUUUUGGAUGAGAUAUUGGGGGGCGGUGAGCUUGAUUCAGUGGCUUAUAUGAAUGGAACUGAUAGAGAGGGGCACCCUGUUUGCUAUAAUAUUUAUGGGGUUUUCGAGGACAAUGAACUGUAUCAGAAGACCUUUGGAUCAGAGGAGAAGUGUGAGGAAUUUUUGAGGUGGAGGGUUCAGCUCAUGGAGAAGGGGAUUCAAAAGUUGAGCUUUAAACCAGGGGGUAUCUCUUCACUUCUUCAGAUCAAUGAUCUCAAUAAUUCGCCUGGACCAUCGAAGAAGGAGCUUCGAAAUGCUACCAAGAAGGCCGUGAACCUUCUCCAGGAUAACUACCCGGAAUUCGUUGCAAGAAAUAUAUUCAUCAAUGUUCCUUUCUGGUACUAUGCAUUCAGUGCACUGUUAUCUCCAUUCCUAACACAACGAACCAGGAGCAAAUUUGUCUUGGCUCGUCCAGCCAAGGUCACCGAGACUCUUCUCAAAUACAUUCCAGCUGAGAGUAUCCCCGUUCAAUAUGGUGGUCUGAAGAGGGAGAACGACGAAGACUUUUCUGAGGCAGAUGUUGUUUUGGAGGCUUUUGUUAAGGCCAGCUCUACAGAAACAAUUGAAAUCCCUGCAACAGAGGUGGGUGUGACGCUCAUUUGGGAUGUUACAGUUGUGGGAUGGGAAGUGAACUACAAGGAAGAAUUUGUUCCAGCUGAUGAAGGAUCAUACACCAUUGUUAUUCAGAAAGAGAAGAAGAUGGGUUCUCAGGAAGUGCCUGUUCGUAACUCUUUCAGGAUCAACGAGCCCGGAAAGAUCACAUUUGAGUUCGAGAACGCUUCUUUCAGGAGGAAGAGGGUCCUUUACAGGUUUAAAGUCUCCAGUUCAGAGAGGAGCCCAUGAGUGAGAGAGCAGUUCUUCGAGGAGCCCAUGAGAGAGAGAAAGAAAGAGAGAGAUCCUCUACUGGAUGUGGUCUGAUUUAGAAAGAGGGAGUUUUGGUUGUCUUUUGGGAUGGGGGAAGUAUUCUUUAUUGUUAGGAGUUCAUUCUUUGACAGGGCAAAAAACUUAUCAGAGUAUUUUGCAGCUGUGGUAUCUCUUUAUUCUUUUUCUAUGAAUUGGUAUUAUUUCUUAUUUGAUUUUAUGUAUCAUUCAAUAAAGUAUUAUACGAUAGAGUGAAUAUUGGCUGGA